AUGAAAAAUUCCAAAAUCGUAAACUUAUUCGAAUUUUCAACGGCACCAUCGAUAUUAUUCAAGAAAGGGCCGAAAUUACUAUUUUCAAUAAUUCAUAAUAAUUCAAUAAUUCAGAUGCCGGUAACAAUCCAGAAAAACACUACUGUCGGUUAUUUAUCUAAUCUUCCAUCUACUAGUUAUCUGUCACCAAUUACACCAUAUCCAACUACACCAUAUUUAAAUACAUUUACACACUCAACUGCAAAUAAUGCGACUGCAUCUAAAGCGAUUACUGAUGUCAUUGAAUCGUUGCUAUCCCAUCUCACACUUCAACAAAACUACGACAAAAUCUUUGAAAUUUUACAACUUUAUUCGACUCUUUUCGAUACAUCCAGACCUCUACAAGCUACCACAUCUAUUCAACAUGUAAUCGAUACCGGAAAUCGUCUUCCCGUCACUACACGACCUUACUUUAAAACUAUCGAGCAACGUAAAGAUAUUCAACAAAGGAUUACAAACAUGUUAUGUGCGUGUAUCAUUAUUCCGUCAACAUCACCUUGGUCAUCUCCAGCAAUUUUGCUCAAAAAGCCGGAUGGCAGCUUUAGAUUUCUUGUUUAUAACCGUAAACUUAAUGAAGUAACCAAAAAAGACAGUUAUCCACAACCAAAUACAGAGGAGCUAUUACAACGCAUCGGCCGACAUUCAUGGUUCACCAAAUUAGACUUGAAGUCGGGAUAUUUUCAGAUCCCCAUACAACAGGCUGACAAAGAAAAAAACUGCGUUUGUCACUUAGGACGGCCCCUCUAUCAAUUUGAAGUGUUGCCACAAGGUUUAGCAAAUGCACCGCCCACAUUUCAACGUGUUAUGAAUAACCUCUUAGCUAAUAAUCGAUGGGAUUGGUUGGUAGUCUACCUAGAUGAUAUUAUGGUAUUCUGUCGUUCCUUCGAUGAACACAUGAAACAUUUAAACGAAGUCUUGGCCAUUUUACACGCACGUAAUUUUCAACUUAAUCCGCUAAAAUGUAUGAUAGUCGUACAAGAAAUCGAAUCUCUAAGUCACACCGUGACAUCCACGACAAUCAAAUCAUCCAUUGAACGAAUUAAACCUAUUUUAGAUAUGCCAGAACCUCGUACAUUAAAACAAGCUAAUUAG